GCCAGAGAGCCCGGGGCUCGGCACGGCACAGCGAGCGCUCCGCAAGGCUUUGACGACAGCUCCCGUACCGCUACUUCUGCCUGCGCGGAUACCGCACCGCUGAGGCACGAUACACCUGCAAAAGCGCACAGUGCUGCGAGGUUUAACCUUAAACAGAGCUCGCUCCCAGAGCUAGGCUCACCCACCCGCGUCUGCCUCCCCAAACAGCUUCCAAUAGGAAACAUUUCCCCCCGCAGCAACUCUUUGCUACGGCAAACAGCGGCUCUCCGCACAAACGCCGAGAGCCGCGGGGCUGUGGCAGAGCCGCUCGGGCUCCUCUCUUAGGGCGCCGGCGUCCCUCAGCGCGACCCACCUGUGCCAGCCGCGGUGCUGCGAGCAGCGCACCCGCUAACUCUGGGCCGCCCGGCUGCUCGCGGCCGCACACUGCAGAGCCGCCACUCCUACGGCCGCUCAGCGGCCCGCAGACGCUCCCGCUGCACCAGGAGGCAGCCUGAGGGCAGCCCUGCACCGCCCCUGAGGGGAAGGAGCGCUGCUGCCCAGAUGGGGAAUGAUUUUCAGAAGUAAUCUGUGCAGAAAUUGUUAUUUACUACUGAGUUGCCUGGUACUACUGCCUUGACUCUGUCCUUCAUAAGAUUAAGCUCUCUUACUUCACUGAACAGCAGCAGAAACAUGCCUGGAUCUGGUCCAAACAGAUAACGACCAAAGUGAUUAUUCAGUGCAAAGGGGACAGCAGCAAGCAGUGCCUGUAUGAUUACUCAGCCUUUGCUCAAUAUUCCAUCAGCAGGGGGGAAGACGAUGGAAAAUCAAGCCAAAAGACUCGGAUUUCCACUUUCUUUGGCAGUUGCAUUGAAAAUUACAAGGCCUGGGAACUGAGUGGGACAAGAGGAACCUGUACUGUCUUUGACUCACUGAGCAUCUCUCUGCAAGCCUUAGAUAAAGCAUUUGGGGAUGAAGCUCCACUUCUGUUGUCUCUAGGUACCUGCCUCUGGAAAUAAGCUGUGUGCUCAUACUGAUGUUCUUUUUUUUCCUCCAGUCUUAAAGCUAAAUUAUUUCCAAAGAAUACAAAUAGAAGAAAACCUCAGAGAGCUCUUGAAAGCCACGCAUACUGGUCUGGGUGUAGCAGCUUCCUUGUUUCAGCUGAUAUUGCUACAGCAGUGCUUAGCUACUGGUUGAGUUCUGUUCUUUCUAAAGAAUAGAAAAAAAGUACUUGGAAAAUAAAAGGAAAAGCAAAAAUCUUAUUAACGUAAAAAGGAAUUGAGUGAAUACAGCAUCUGUGUUUAAAGAACUACACAGAAACAUUAAAAAAAAAAACCUGAGUACAAAGGGAUGUAAUGCAGAAGUGUAGGUCAGGUAUAUGCAGGUGAAAGAAGCACAAUAAGCAACGUGAAUGGCUGCUAUGCUGCUGCUGGAGAAGGACUGGAACUGGACAUUCAGUCCUAUCAAACCCCUUAUAAGAAAGGAGAUGUAAAACACCAACUGCUUGUUGCAUUCCCAUGCUUUUCUCUCCCCAGCAAGUGCUCUUCUAGUACAUUUUGAUAGCUUUCACUAAGGGCUAUCAUGAAAACAGAAAAACUCAUCAACAAUGAGAACUGAGUUCUUGAAAGAACUCUAAGAAAAUUUCCAGGAGCAAUUGAAGGUGGUCCUUCUACAAGGCUGCAACAGAUUUCAAGCAUUUGAGAGGGUCAUCCUCUUGGUUCAUGAAAAGGAAACAAUGUAAAGUUUACCUGAGCAAAACCCUAAGUCUUCCUCGUCUCUUCUGAACUUAGUCUGCAUCAUCCCUGUAAGUGAGGUGGUUUCACGUUCUGUUUUGUUUUUCCUGGAACGCCUUGGCACGUCGCAGUCGUAUUAGGAAAAGGCAGAGCUUGCUGAGAUAAACUGCACAGCAGAAUAAAGUUAGCCCUCCCAAUUACACCACGGUGAAAGCUGCUUUAUGCAUUUCCCACCUGCACUUCACCGUGCUUUUUCUCCAGUAGACUUGCAGGCUUAUCACCUGGGGAAAAAUGUUGUGCAGAACAAACACUGAGAAUUUAGCCGCAGGUGAAUGACUGCUGUUGGUUCAUCGUGUAAAACUUGUAUUUCCAGAGGCUUUUACAUUGCAGAGACGAUGCUCCCUCUCAUGUGAUUGCACCAAGUGGGUGUGCAGACUGGACAGGAGGUGGGGUAGCACAACUGUUUGGUUGGGUUGUUUUUUUUUUUUUGGCUAGCUCCCCAGGUUUGAUUCAUUGACAUCAGGAUUGAGGGAACUCUUUCGACCCCCCCCAGAAUAAGUCCCUUGCAUGCCCAUAAUCUUCUCUUCCUUCUGUUCAGUGGUUCUUCUUUUAACCUUUCAGUGAUGAGGCUUAAUGCCCUUGACUUGGCUAUUUCAUAGGAUGAGAAAGCUACAACCUGAAACAAAUACAGUAAAACAUGAUCCACAACUAUACCAAGAUCUCCUCCUUGAAAGCCUUUUGGUCCUUCUUCUCAGGGAUCAGUGCCAGAAAAGUAAUGUCCUACCCACUUGGGAAUGCCUUGCUGAGAAAAGCUUUUUAUUAUCAGAAAUCACACUUUGUGCACUGUGCUGCAAGCCCCCCAGCCCUGCUUGUCCUGCUUCAUGGUCUGCCCUGAUCCAAGCACUGCGGCUCUCAGCACAGCUGCUUUCAUCGGCUCCCAUGCAGCCACGUCUGGUGUUGCUGAACUUCCUCCAGCACACAUUAGUAGUGAUACUAAUGUAUAAAUAACUAUUUUCAGAGCUGUUUCAGGAAGGUUGACUAAAGCAUGGUAAUUAGUUACUUAAUGUGUCUCUUCACCUAUUUGCAUAGCAAAUAUGAAGGGGGAAAUUCUAGCCCCAGUGAAGUGAAACGGCAAAGCCCUGAGUGCUCUCACCCUGGUGUGCUGGGUGAUGCUUGAAGGACAGGAACAGGAGGAGGCUGACAUUUCUCAAAGAAAAAGCAAAACACACAAAUGUUUAAUGUUUUAAGUGGCACUAAUUGAGACAUGAAAGUGCUGCAGCAGCUGUGAGUGCAGUGAGAGCAGCAGGACAUCCUCUUCUCUCCAGUCUCUUUCUACCUGGAGAAAAGGCAUGGAAGGAACAGCCAUAGAAAGCUGGAGAUAAUGUGGGAGGCAAAUAGUGACUAGGUGAGACAGGAAGGGGAGAAAAGGAGGUGGAGAAGGAGAUGAUGCUGAGUGGGCUGAAGUGCCACUGACUUAUAGUUCUGGAGGGAAAGGGCUGGACACUGGUAAAAUGGGAGGGCCUGCCUGUGAGUUCAUGUGUGCUUGUUGGGCAGUGCCUAGUAGGGAAGUGGGACAGUGGGUUAUUGAAUCCAUUCUCCUUUGGUGGGAACAGGAGUGUAGCCAGGAUGUAUUUAUGGUGUUGCCUCCAUUUUCUUCCGGAUGAAAAACUACACUGAAACAGUUUAACAUGUUUUAAUGGAUGCUAAAAGAUUGAGUUCUGCGAAAAGCUGUAGCUCAGUACAGAGCCUAUUUUGAACAGUCUGGUUUGUAUCUCCACAAAGAGAACUGGGAGAGCUGCAGGGCGUAUUAUCCAAAUUAAUUCUUCUGUCCUUCCUAAAUAUUCUUCCUCCUGUUUCACUUUUCUCUCCCUUAUCACCAGCUUUGGAGCGUUUCAGCUACAUCCUUCAGUGCUUUUUGACUUCACUAUAAAUAGCAAAGGUGCUAGUUUCUUUUGUAGAGGAGAAUUAUGGAAUGAAUUAGAAAAGCCCACUCUGGCUUUCCAGAAGAAGUUUUUAAGACCGAAAAGCUGAAGAUGGCUGCAUACCUCCCACUGCUUUCCUCAUGGAGGCGAGUGCCAAACUGAAGUGUUUUGUCUGGUUUGCUUCUUGCGAAGGCUUCUGUGUUGUUUUUGUUUGUUUGAUUUAUAUUAUUUUUUGUGAAGGGAGAUGGCAACAAAAGGAAUAAGAUGCCUGUUGAAUUCCACCCUUUACGAGAACUAAACUCACCUGCUGCUGAAAGUGGAUGGGACUUGGUUAUCUGCUCUGUCUUGUUGCUUGCAUACUUGAGAGAAUAUGAAACAGGAGCCAAAAUGACAUCCCGAUUUGGAAAGACCUACAGCCGGAAAGGGGGAAAUGGCAGUUCCAAGUUUGAUGAAGUGUUUUCCAACAAACGGACCACCCUUAGCACGAAAUGGGGAGAAACCACCUUCAUGGCCAAAUUAGGACAGAAGAGGCCCAGUGUCAAAGCAGACAUUUCUGAAGUUCCUAAGAAACCCCGAGUUGAAGAUGAGGUAACAGAGGAUCCGUUUGGGUUUGACAGUGAUGAAGAAUCUCUUCCUGUGUCUUCAAAGAAUGUGGCACAGGGUAAAAGCUCCUCCCAGCUGGACCCGAAUGAAGCUGCUCAGUCUGAGGACUUCACUUCUCUACUUGAAGCCAACAGCAAAAGUAAUCAGCCAGACGGUGGAGAAAACACUGCAUCCAGCAAGCAAACACCUGCUGACAGUACUGCUCCUCCUAUAAAAGAAAAGAGCACAAGCAAAAAUGUGGAAGACGGAGAAUGCAAAGGCAGCAGUGCUAAACCCACAUCUGCAGAUAAAAUGCAGAAUUUGAAUGAAGAUGAUGAGAAGAGUAGUCAUUUCAUCUUUGAGACUGCUGAAGACAGUAACAAAACAAAUGCUGAAACUACGGACACUUCUGGAUACAAAAUUGAAGCCAAGGACUUACCUGAUUCUUGGGAUUCCCACGCUGGAAAACCAACAGACUCUGUAUCAGAAGCAUCUCAGACGAAGGGGCCUUUAAGAACUCACUUGUAUGAGUGGGACGAUGAACCUGAAGACUCCAGAACUGGAGAGUACGUAUUGGAUUUUGACAGUGAGCAUCUCUCAGAGAUGAAGAGCAAGGAUGAGGAGGGUGACAAAGAAGAUACAGAAAAUUCAAAGGAAGCCAUUUGUGAAGAACUUGUGCAAACUAUUCCUAGGCCAAGCAACUGUAGGACAUACUGUAGAUCCAACAAAGCAAAACAACAGGGGACAACAAACUUUGACAAGCUAAUGGAUGGCACUAGCCAGUCUUUAUCCAAAGCAAACAAUGAAUCAAAUAACGAUGGUCUGAACCCAGCAAAAAAAGCUUCUUUAAGUAGUGGGACCAGUUAUAGAGGGACGGUUGGACGGACUAGAGACUACACUGUUCUACAUCCAUCUUGCUUGUCAGUUUGUAAUGUUACUAUACAGGAUACCAUGGAACGAAUCGAUGAAUUUACCACAGCAACCCCUACUGACUUGGGAGAAGCUGGACGUUUAAGAAAAAAAGCAGACAUUGCUACUACAAAGACUACAACCAGAUUUCGACCAAGCAAUACCAAAUCCAAAAAGGAUGUCAAAUUAGAGUUUUUUGGGUUUGAUGAUCAAGAUGAGGGAGAGGGAGAUGAAGGUGCCUCUAGAAGUUCUGGGAGUUCCAAUUACAAAAUUAAGUACUUUGGGUUUGAUGACUUGAGUGAAAGCGAGGAUGAAGACGAAGAGUGGCAGAUAGCAGAAAGGAAGGCUAGCAAAAAACGAACUAGAGCUGCACCAUCACCCUCACUACAGCCAACCUCUGACAGCAAUGAAAACUGCUCCCAGGAUAAUCAGGUCAAUACUAACACAGAUCUUCUGGAGUUUUCAGAGGAUGCAUCUGGUGUGCCUGAAGGCAAUAAAAAAUCCACAAAUAAACAAGGUGAUAAAUCCAAGGAAAACACCAGGAAGAUUUUUAGUGGGCCAAAGCGGUCUCCCACAAAAGCUGUAUAUAAUGCUAGACACUGGAACCAGCCGGAAUCAGAGGUUCUGCCAGCACCACCGGUCUUGAAAACUCCCAGUGUCCCAGUAAGGCUAUCUUCAAAGGAGGCAAUUCAUAAAGAUGAUGGAGUUUUUAAGGCUCCUGCACCACCUCCCAAAGUGAUUAAAACUGUGACAAUACCUACUCAGCCCUAUCAAGAGAUAGUAACUGCAUUGAAAUGUAGGAAAGAAGACAAAGAAUUAUACACUGUUGUUCAGCAUGUAAAGCACUUCAAUGAUGUAGUGGAAUUUGGUGAAAAUCAAGAGUUCACAGAUGAUAUUGAGUACUUGCUAAGUGGAUUGAAGAGCAAUCAGCCCCUAAACACACGUUGCCUUAGUGUAAUCAGCUUGGCGACCAAGUGCGCCAUGCCCAGCUUCCGAAUGCAUCUGAGAGCACAUGGGAUGGUAGCCAUGGUUUUCAAAACACUGGAUGAUUCCCAGCACCAUCAGAAUUUGUCCCUUUGUACAGCAGCUCUAAUGUACAUCUUGAGUAGGGAUCGUUUGAACAUGGAUCUAGACAGAGCUAGUUUAGAUCUGAUGAUACGGCUGUUGGAAUUGGAACAAGAUGCUUCCUCUGCCAAGCUGCUGAAUGAGAAAGACAUGAAUAAAAUUAAGGAAAAGAUUCGGAGACUGUGUGAAACUGUUCACAAUAAACAUCUUGAUCUCGAAAACAUCACGACCGGGCAUUUGGCAAUGGAGACGUUGCUGUCUCUCACCUCAAAGCGAGCAGGGGACUGGUUUAAAGAAGAACUGCGACUCCUAGGUGGUCUUGAUCAUAUUGUAGAUAAAGUUAAAGAAUGUGUGGAUCACCUUAGCAGUGAUGAAAAUGAAGAGAAAUUAGUUGCUUCGUUAUGGGGUGCAGAAAGGUGUUUACGGGUCUUAGAAAGUGUAACUGUGCAUAAUCCAGAAAAUCAGAGCUACCUGAUAGCAUACAAAGACUCACAACUCAUAGUCUCCUCAGCUAAAGCAUUGCAGCACUGUGAGGAAUUAAUCCAGAGAUAUAAUCGUGCUGAAGACAGUAUCUGUUUACCAGACAAUAAGCCUCUGCCUCACCAGAAUGUAACUAACCAUGUGGGUAAAGCAGUGGAAGACUGCAUGAGGGCCAUCAUUGGUGUCUUGCUCAACCUAACAAAUGAUAAUGAAUGGGGUAGUACAAAAACAGGUGAACAAGAUGGUCUGAUAGGCACGGCUAUGAAUUGUGUGCUUCAUGUUCCGAAGUUCCUACCUCAAGAACAGAGAUUUGAUAUUCGGGUGCUGGGACUGGGUCUGUUGAUCAAUCUAGUAGAAUACAGUGCUCGGAACAGGCACUGUCUUGUCAAUAUGGAAACGUCAUGUUCUUUUGACUCAUUCUGUACGGGAGAAGGAGAUGACAGCCUAAAGAUAACUGGACAGAUUGAUGCUGUUCAGGCUUUAGUGCAGCUAUUUCUUGAGCGUGAGCGAGCGGCACAGCUGGCUGAGAGCCAGACGGAUAAACUGAUUAAAGAGGCUCCUACUGCUCAGCAUGAUAAGAGUGGAGAGUGGCAAGAAACAAGUGGGGAGAUACAGUGGGUCUCCACAGAAAAGUCAGAUAGUACUGAAGAGAAAGAUAAGAAGGAAGAGGAUGAUGAAGAACUUGAUCUUAAUAAAGCUCUUCAGCAUGCUGGGAAGCACAUGGAAGACUGCAUUGUGGCCUCAUACACAGCAUUGCUUCUAGGCUGUCUCUGCCAAGAGAGUCCAAUCAACGUGACUACUGUGAGGGAAUACUUACCUGAAGGAGAUUUCUCAAUAAUGACUGAAAUGCUCAAAAAAUUUCUCAGUUUUAUGAAUCUUACUUGUGCUGUUGGAACAACAGGCCAGAAAUCCAUCUCUAGGGUGAUUGAAUACUUGGAACACUGCUAGAUACUUAACUUCUGCUGCAAGCACUCUAAUGCUGGAGCUACCCUUAGACAAAAGAAGUCAUGAAAGAAGUCCUUGAAGGAUAUACCAAGAGCAUUCAUCUAUGUCAUUCGUGUUCGGAUUUUUAAGGCUACCUGGUCUCUUAACCAUGCAUUCAGCAUUUUCUAAAAGACAGUUACUACAUCAAUCUGCAACUAUCAAAAAUGAGGGGAAAAAGGUUCUGAGGAAAGUAAAUAAAGAAACCAUGCUGUUUAUGAUGCAGUGCAGUAUUUAAAUAUUUUUGGCAGGGUUUAUCCUCCCUAUCUUUUUUCUUGCUUUGUUCGUGACCAGUUUCAAGGGGAAAACUUGCUGCUGAUAGUGCAACUGCUGUUUACUGUUGAGCCACUGUUUCAUGCCAGCCAGGUGCAAAGGCAGCUUAGCUACUGAGGUAUCAAAUGUUCUAAUAAAGAAGUUCUGGACAGCAGCACCGCUCCUAUUUGAGUUUAAUUUGCUCUUGCUUUUUUAUUACUAGAUUAUUCCAAAAUCGUAAAAUAUAAAUUUUUAAAUACUUUUGUGAUUUUAACUACUGUCUAUAUUUAAAAUUUGUUGGAAUCCAAAGAGGUGAGGAUUGGAUAGUUUAUUUUUUAUACUGUUUUGAUUGAAAUUAGGUUGUUGAACUAUUUCUCAGUUCUAAAACUGUCAUGGCCCAUGUACUGUAAACUGAUACGACCAUAACACUUUGUAAUUCCGAGAUGCAUGCAAACCCAUAAAUACAUAAAGCCAUUUGAGAGGGUGUGUCAUCCACAAAAGAAAUAAAAAUUGUGCCCUGUUUAAGGAAAAAAAAAAGGGGGGGAGGGGGGUGGGAUGGGGGGUGGAAGGGAAGAUAUUCAUUCCCAGGGCAGUUUACACUUCUAAUAAGCAAAAACUUUGAAAUGCUGUUUAGAUUUGUUUCAAGGAAGCGCUCAAGAUGUAUUUUAUAUUGCUUGAUACAAAGAAUUUGGAUGUUGUAGGGGGAAGAAUUUUGAAGAGGCUAAAACACCAAUGGGGAUUAAUGUUUCCAGCUGACAUAAUCUUUCUAUUUCAUCCUUCUGUAGUAUGUCAAAGUUUAAAUGCAUACAACACAAAGCCUUAAAUUGCUGAUAUAGCUAAGAUUUUGUUCAGUCUGAGGUCUAGUUCACAGCAAAGCAUUGUGUUUGAAGACUUAAAUGGAACAAGAAAUCCCAGAAAAUACAUUACUUGUUUCUUUAAUAUUUUUUUCUUGCACUCGUUAUUCAGACCAACAGAAUUGGUAAUUAUUUUUAUUAAGCUGGUCUUGAAUAUUUGCAGACUGUUCUGAGAUCUGCUUCAUCACAUUUUUAAAUACCUGUAUAGAUAGUUAAAUCAUGUUAUUCCAUUGAAUUUGUAAAACUUGAAGCCAUAAAAAUAUUAGUUCUAUGUAUAAUGAGGGGGAAGUAACAGGAAAUCUAACCUGCUUUUAGAUCUUGUUAUCUCCGUGUAUAAAGUUACAAACUUGUGCUUUUGUAUCAGUGCCAGCUGUAAAUUUUUUACAUACAGUGGCUGCCUUCUAUGUCUUCCUAUUUUUGAUAAUGCAGAUUGUUGAGAAUUCUGUAAGGAAGUAACUGAUUAGCGGCAAAAUUCCUAUGUUGGUCAUACUUUUUGCGUUUUCUCUCAUCACCUUCUAAAACUUAGCAUACCAGUGUAACUCAGAAAAGUUUUUGAGGUUGUGUUCCCUUUGCUUAAAAACAAAACUGAACCCGAACAACUCAGUAUUGAGAGACAAAAGCUGUAUGUAAACCAUCUGUGUCAAGAGGAAACUAUUGAAUAUUUUGUCCAUCUACUCUUCUGAUUUAAGACCUUCUCAUUUGAAGUGGGAUUUCAACGUGAUUGUAGAGUUUCUGUGGGGCGGUGGCAAGAGACAACGCAGAUGUGAUGAAGGGGAAAUCAGGGACAACUACCUUUCUUUGUUACACUGGUAAUUGUUUAGGAAUUGAUUUACCUCAGUGUUUAACAGUUCUUUUCAAUGUAACUAAUUGUCAAGCACUGACAAAUGCAGAUCUUUUUUUUUCUUUGAGGGUGGGGGGAGAAAUCACCCUGUGAGCUGCAGUGCAUUUUUGUGUGUUAGACCCUCAAAUAACUCUGCAUUAAAGGGUACUUGAGGCCAACUUGCAAAUUAAAGUUUUAAAGUAACUUUUUUUCCAUUGUAAAUAUUUGUGUAAAUAAUCUCAAUUGGAAAUUAGAACAGUAGAGUACUUUUCUGAAUCCAAUCCUAUUUUUAUUUUAUACAGUAUUUCUCAGCUGUGAUCUUUGGAGCAAAAGCCAACGGCAGGAAAAAUAGUUUGUACCAGUUUCAUGAAGUAUGUCUUUGGGUUUUUGUAAAUAAUUUUAACUCAAAUAAAAUUGCUACUUUCAAUACA